CUCACUCAUCUCUUCUCACUUCUCAGUUUCAUUCGACGCCAUUUUCAUUUUAAGCGUAGUCAAACAUUCAAGUAAAUACUCUGUUUCAACAUAAUUGCAAAUUGUACUUUGUGUCUGUAAAUGCGCGACUUACUCAAAUGGCUUGUUUAAAUACACUUAAACAAGAAAUAAAAACAUUGGAAGCAGUUUUUCCCAAAAAUCACGAGCGUUUUCAAAUCGUAUCUGCCAGUGUAGAUGAGCUAAACUGCAGGUUUGUUGGAAGAAAUGGCAAAAAAUACGAAAUACACGCCAAUAUCACGGAGACAUAUCCGUCGACUCCACCUGUGUGGUUUGCUGACUCCGAGGAGACAAGUGUUACAAAUGCCGUACAAAUUCUGAGCAACACAACAGGCCGGGACAAUCACGUAAUGAGCCAGGUGUGCAUAGUGGUGCGUGAACUGUGCCGUCUGCACGGCGUCACAGAGCCGAGUGCCGACCUUGACCGCCUUUCGUUGGGGUGUCUGUGGCCGUCGGGCGGACCCCCCACCCCGCCCUCGGACGACCUGCCCGGCAGUCAGCACGAUGAAGAUGACGAUGAUGAUGAUGACGAUGAUGACCUGCAUCUCGAAAUGGACGAGCCCGACAUCACCAACAAGAACAAGUGCGAGGACAUGGACACUGAGCAUCAGGCGACACUGAAGCGACUCCGUCAGAAUCAGCGUCAGGACUACCUGAAGGGAUCCGUGUCCGGGUCAGUGCAGGCCACCGACAGACUCAUGAAAGAGUUGCGCGACAUCUAUCGCUCCGACACAUUCAAAAAAGGCAUCUACAGCAUAGAGCUGGUGAGCGAUUCGCUGUACGAGUGGAACGUCCGACUCAAGUCGGUCGACCCCGACUCGCAGCUGCACAACGACCUCGUCCUGUUGAAGGAGAAGGAGGGCAAAGACAGCAUUCUGCUCAACAUGCUCUUCAAGGAGUCCUAUCCGUUUGAGCCGCCCUUUGUGCGGGUCGUACAUCCUAUCAUAUCUGGCGGCUAUGUGCUAAUUGGUGGCGCGAUCUGUAUGGAGCUGCUGACGAAGCAAGGCUGGAGCUCAGCGUACACGGUGGAAGCACUCAUAAUGCAGAUUGCUGCCACACUGGUCAAGGGAAAGGCGCGAAUUCAGUUUGGCACGCCAAAAUUACUCAAUCAGGGUCAAUACAGUCUUGCAAAGGCGCAACAGUCCUUCAAGUCCCUAGUUCAGAUACACGAAAAAAAUGGCUGGUUCACUCCCCCGAAGGAAGACGGCUAAGAAGCUGAAUAAGAAGACGUCUAGUGUGUGUAUUUGUUUGUGGGGAGGGGGGUGUAAUGGAAGUGGAAGCUGUCGUUGAAAAGUUUUGAAGAGGGGGGGGGGGUAAGUGAGCAUUGAUGCAACGUUAGGAGUUUUGUAUCAUUUGCUUGAUACGAUAGUAGUUUUGUUUCAUGAAAAUGAUACGGAAGUAGAGUUUUGUAUCAUGUGGAUGAUACGGAACUAGACUUUUGUAUCAUGUAGAUGGUACGGAACUAGAGUUUUGUAUCAUGUAGAUAAUACGAAAGUAGAGUUUUAUAAAUUUAUUAAACGAAUGUGGUUUUGUAUCAUUCAAAUAACACGGGAGUAGAGUUUCUUCACAUCAUUAAUUUAAUAAAUUUACAAAACUCUUCUUUCGUAUCACUUAAAUGAUACAAAUCUCUACUUCCGUAUCAUUUUCAUGAUACAAAACUACUUCCGUAUCAUCUACAUGAUACAAAACACUAGUUACGUAUCAUUUUCAUGAUACAAAACUCUAGUUCCGUAUCAUUUAGAUGAUACAGAACUACUUCCGUAUCAUUUUCAUGAUACAAAACUACUUCCGUAUCAUUUAAAUGAUACCAAACUACGUUCGUAUCAUGUAAUUGACACAAAAUUUGGAGUGAAAACCUUCAUCUUCGUCCUACUAGAGUGAACAGUGACUGAAAUCGAACCCAACUUGACUAGGAAUGUAAAGUGUUGACAGCUUUUGAGGACGGGUGGUGUAAGUCGAUAUAAAGUGAGGGACAUUGUGAAUAAUUAUUAUUAAAUUAAUGACUUAUUAUCACUAGUGAAAAGUGAGUGAGUGUGCGCGUGCGUGCUAACUACUGUUGUACCACUUCCCAUCUUGUUCAGCCCGUCUCAUCACGUUAAAAGUGGCGAUACUGAAUCAUUCUUGGUGAUACUGUAUCAUUUUGUGUUGAUACUGAUUCAUGUGUGGUGAUACUGUAUCAUUUUGUGGUGAUACUGUAUCAUGCGUGGUGAUACUGUAUCAUGCGUGGUGAUACUGUAU